AUGGAAGCGAAGAACGUGCACGAUUGCUCAGAAAAGCUCGAAAGCCGCGGAGACUUAGUGACAGGGGUUACCGUAACAGACGAUAACAAUAGUGUAAAUAACUUUGCCCGUUGACAGAAGAUAUUUUAGACCCGGUCUAUAAAUAGGACGUAAAAAUUAUCUGUGACCUGGCUACGUCGUUCGUGCGAACGUUGCAUCGAGAUUGCCCAGCGACAGAUCGCGGAAGAUCACGACGAUCGGCACAUCGAUCGGUUCUCCAUCUGUAGGAGAUAGAAGUGCGCUCUCCUCCGGUCUCUCAGUAAUCGACGUCGUCCCUAUUUACAAACCGCUCUAGAACGAGUUGGUCCGUUGGCGAUCGAUCGCCGAUUUGGCCAGGAAAUCGUCAAAAAAAUAGAGAAAGAGAGGAAAUGGAAGUCAUUAGGACAUCAGCCCUGAAGCUGGUCUGCCCACGCGGUGGGUCUACGUGCCCGCUAAAAAUAUCGAAGCGCUACCGCGAUCGAGUAUCGAGAGCGAGACUGACGAAGGAAGAAAGAACGAGAUGGAAGAAGCAGCGCGCACGCACGCACGUGUUCUGCUGUACUAUCCAUAGUUCGUCGACGAUUCAACCGUUCCGACUGAUCUAUUCGAUUUCAUUCGAUUUCUAUCGCAAGAUGUCGAUCGAUGUUGUUCGAUCUAAAAUUCUAUAUAAACCAAACGUUUAACGAGAAUAAGAGAAGUGGCUCUAGGGGGGUCUAGGUUCGAAACUGUGAAAAGUUGCACGGAUUCUCCUGCAGAGACACGGAGGUUGUGCACGCGUCGAGAUCAGCCGGGCAAAGCGAAACGAAACGAACCAGAGCGGAAUUCGUUUCGAAACGGAGGCCAACGGUUCAUCAUUCUCCUUUCCUUUCGUUUCGCCCUUUGUUUCUUGAAUUCUCGACUGAUCGAUGAGGAAAGCCCGAUCGCUACGUAAUACCUAAUGUUGAUAAUCGUGCCUGCUACAAGCACCGGAUUGAUUCGAAUUUUUUUUUUGGAGAGAAGCGAACGAACUUUUGUUGAAAGCAGCAAACGAGAUUUCUGUCGAUUGUCGGCAGCGCGCAGACAGGAAACGGUGGAGCCAAGCACCAGCAACGCUCGAGUUGUUAAUCGGUGUGAGAAAGACAUGCACGCCGGCGCAGCGCGGCGCGGCGUCUCGAAACCGAAAAUAAACUCACCGCAUUUUGUCCGUCUGUCGUUCCUUCUCGGUUUCAUAGUCAACCCGAUGAUGAUCCCGUACUUUGCCUCUUUUCCGUUAUUCUCGAUCGCGAGACCGCGAGAAUUCCUUCGAGAAGUCUUCCUCCGAGUCACACCAAGGGUCACCUUCGAGCCUCUCGAGUUUCUUCCUUCUUCCUCCCCUCCCUCCCCCUCUUCCUCGUAGAGGAAGUCUGGUCGAACGUGACCUCGUCGCCGAUCCACCGCGAAUAUAAAUCCAUUUACGAGUCGCUUUCCAACAUAUCUCGAUAUCUCGAUAUUCGUCUACGAAUUUUUCUCAUGGGACGAUCAUCUGCAAAACGAACAACCGACGAGAAGGGUCAAAUUUCCACUUGAUCGUUCCUGCUCUUGAAUCUCAACCUUGACACACGAAUUGAAUGAAACUCGAUGUGACCAGAAAGCCAUAUUUAUAUUCUUCAUUUUGAAGAUUAAAUAUUUAUACUUUUCGCCACAUCGAGCAUCGUAGAAAAAUAUUUUUUUAUAUCCUUACGCAGGGUGAAUAGAAAAAAAGGGGUUCAUAAUUUCUAGGACAGACUCGCCGAAAACUCGUGGAAAAAAGUGCUGAUAAACAUGGGUCGAAAGAUUAAUAGUUUCAAAAGUACAAACAACGAAGCUACAAACUUUGAAGGACACGCUGAACUUGGAGGACACGUAGAAACCACUAUUAUACAUACAGAGUGUGAUAACUCUCGAGGCGAAGAAAAAAAUUUACAUUUACUUCGAAACUAUUAAUUUUUUGACUUUUUUUCAUCUUUCGGCUACUGUGUCUAUACUUUUCUCUAGUCACCCUGUAUUAACCUGCGAACGUCUCGGAUGAAAACAUCGUUGCCUCGACUUCAGAUUGGGAAACACGUGACGUCUCCCACAUGUCAUUAUAAACGGAAGGAAAAAUGGUGGUGGGUGAAGCGAGCAUACACAAUAUAAUGGGAGGAAUGGAGAGCACGGGCGGGGUGCGACUUCACAAUCACAAGCGGAAAUUGAAGCAGAGGUUCGACAUCAUCAAAAAGCUCGGUCAAGGUACUUACGGUAAAGUUCAGCUGGGUAUCAAUAAGGAGACUGGCCAGGAAGUGGCGAUAAAAACUAUUAAAAAAUGCAAGAUAGAAACGGAAGCCGAUUUGAUCAGGAUACGAAGGGAGAUUCAGAUAAUGUCGAGCGUGCAACACCCAAACAUUAUUCACAUAUACGAAGUGUUCGAGAACAGGGAGAAGAUGGUGCUGGUGAUGGAGUACGCGGCCGGUGGCGAGCUGUACGAUUACCUGAGCGAGCGGAAGGUGCUGACGGAACACGAGGCUCGACGAAUAUUUCGACAGAUAGCCACCGCCGUUUUCUACUGCCACAAGCACAAAAUCUGCCACCGAGACUUGAAGCUGGAAAACAUCUUGCUGGAUCAGGUUGGGAACGCGAAGAUCGCGGACUUUGGCUUGUCGAACGUGUUCGACGAGCAACGACUGUUGAACACGUUCUGCGGCAGUCCGCUGUACGCCAGCCCGGAGAUCGUCAAGGGUACACCGUAUCACGGCCCCGAGGUCGACUGCUGGAGCUUGGGCGUUCUACUCUACACGCUGGUGUACGGUGCCAUGCCCUUCGACGGGUCGAAUUUCAAACGACUAGUCAAACAGAUCUCACAGUCGGACUACUUCGAGCCUAAGAAACCGUCGCCCGCCUCUCCCCUCAUCAAAGACAUGCUGACCGUUUGCCCUGCCCGAAGAGCCGACAUCGAAAGGAUUUGCACCCAUUGGUGGGUGAACGAAGGUUACGAGCAGAAUUGCCUGGACAUCGCCGAGGAGUUGGCCGCUCAGACCCCCGUUCGGCUGGAUCUGCUGCUGUCGCUGGUGCCGCAGUCCGCGAGCGCGGAGAAACUGGUCGUCGGGGACCAGCAGUCAGCCGGCGACGUACCCAACAACGUGUCCUCCGACACUCUCAUACCUACCAGGUGCCAUUCCGUCGGAAGCUUGAUGGACUUGGACCAGAGCAGCUCCGACAGGCGAUUGAGGAGAGAAUUGUUGGAGGAGGAGCCAAGAACCGCACCGAUUGUCGGGGGCGAUGCAAAAAGGAAACUGGAGACGACGCCGUCGAUGGACGAAACGGCUGCCGCCGAUGCCAAGAGGAAGGAGCGAUCUCGAAGGAAGGAGAAGCGGGACGAACCGGAGGCUCGAAUGUACAAAUCCGCCUCCAGACAUCACUCGGCGCCGAUUCCAAACUCGAUCACCGAGGAAGAAGCUAUGGAGGUGGAUCCUAUGAUAACCGUUCCUAUCAGCAAGACCAUCGACUUGAACAAGAUCGAAUCCACGGCCGCUUGUUUAGAAUUAAUCAAAGAGUGUAGCGAGAGGUCACCGAGCAAGGAGAGGACAUCCAUGAUCCACGAACAGGAGCAGCAGUCACGAAUCUCGUCGGAAGAUCGCGUCGCCGAGGAAUAUUCGCAGGAUGAUGAGUGCCGAGCGACUGAAGCGUCGUUGGACGACGAAUCGGCGAAACAUUCGGACGUCGCGCUCGACCAAACCUCGGCCGGGAAACUCUCGAUUCCUAACCAACUCGAGCCAACGUCGAACGAGAAGAGAGCGCCGGCGCCCGGAAGCGAGAGGUUCGACAAGUCGAACUCGUCCGCCGGUCAGGAGGAAUCGAUCAACCUCGAGGCGACUCAACGGGAAUUUAAGAAGCUGAAGGAGAAGGCGCUCUCCCUCGACUCGGAACUCGCCAGCGAGCCGCGUGACGCGAACGUCCCCGCGAAGACGUUCGAGCGGAGACGCUCCAAGAUAUUCGAGACAGCGGAGAAGUUCAACCAGAUGGCUUCGACUGUCGAGAAUGAGAAACCAAAGAAGAUCUUUAUACCCGGCGUAAACGUUGGAGGGGCGAAGCGCGUGUUCGAGAGGAAGGCCAGCCUCUCCUCGAUCGGCACGCCUCCGCCCGCCAAACACACCGCGUCCAAGAUAAUCAUCGACGUUCCAGCUUCGACAGACGCGAAGAGGAACGAAUGUUCGAACGACAAGCCGACAACAAAGUCGACUCGAGCAGUCGAACGCGAGGAGGAGAAGAACGAGGAGGAGGGGGAGGAGGAGAAAAAGAAAAAGAAGGAGGAGGAGGCGAAGAAACGAGCGGUCGACAUAAUAACCGGUGCGAUCGGGAAACCGCCGAUGCAAAGGAGGAUAAACGGAUCUCCGCCGGUGUCACCCUCUAGCCAAGAGUCGAAGAAACUUUCGUCCAAGGUGGCAACUGGCGCGAACGACUCGCGUUCAACCGCGCAAUCCACACCCGCCGAGACGAACUUUUCGUUCGACAAGAAGCCAACGGACGUGGACGGACGGACGACGAUCUCCGACAACGACGAGGACAACAACGACGAACCGGAGGAACCAAAAAUGUCCAGCAAAAUGGAGAUCACUUUGAAGAGCGCGACUCUGCCAAGACCGCGAAAGACGAGCAAAGCCGAGAUCUCUCUGACGAGCGUGAAACCCUCGAGGUCCGAGACACCGUUCGCGUUCAAGUCGGAACUCGAGGCGAAGAUCGACGCGUUCCAGCCGCAGAAACUGCGAACGCAACGAUCGGAGGUCGCGUUCCCCGUUGCAGCCGCCGUGCCGCAAGCCAACCGGAGCUCCAGCUUGGAACCAGAGAUCAGACCGAGGGGCGGUGGUACGCCAAAGGAGAGAAUAAUUCCUAUCCAGGUGGAAGCGGAUCAUCGGCAGUCGCAACACUCGUCGACGCCCCCGCCGUGCAAGCCGCCGCCGAUGCCGCAAAAACCGACAGCUUCUUCGCAGCGAUCGGGAUCGUUGUCUCGUCAGUCGACCGCAGAUUCCGACACCGACAGCGCCCUCGGAUCGACCGUCGGCCCCGAACCGAUCCGAAAGAGCCCUCGCGAGUACAUAAUCCCGAUCGCUGUGGAAGGCGGUGGAUACGUGACACCCAGAUCCGGUAGCGUAGAGCCCGAGAGCAAGACCGGCGGUGGCAGCAGCACGUCGUCCAGCGCGACGAACGCCGUUCCCCGAUCCCGAUUCGGCAGACCUCGAAGAAUGAGUUCCUUGCUGUCGGACGCCAGCGAAGACGAGUCACCGUUCUCCUCGUUGCAGAGGGACAGCGAGGAUCUCCUGCAACGACACAUGCACCGGCUUAGAAGCUCUCGGCCGUCGAGACAGCCACCGGAACACGCGGACAGCUUGUCCUCCGGCGAGGACGACGACGACGACGGAUUCGAACUGUUGACCGCCGAGAAUCUGUUCUCCACUCUGUUGUCCAGAGUGCGAAGCUUGACGCAGAGGCUGAACGUCGACGACAAUCGCACCACCGGCUUCCCGAGUUCGCGACUCUUCGGUAGACUAGGAUCCAAUCCCUCGCAAGCGUUUUGGGGCCUCAAUAAACCACUGUCGAGGUAAUUCAUCGGCGUCAC